UCUGUGCUGCAUGAUGCAUUGGAUUGCUACAGUCUGGAGGAGAGCAAAAUAACCAUUUCGUUCUUGUGGUGAUUUGCAUAGCUUGCGGCACAAUGCCAGAAAGACUAACGGACAUGCUUAUGGAUACCUGGACUCCCUUAGUAAUACUAUGGAUUACUGUCCUGCCUUCCAUUUAUAUGGCUCCAAUGAAUCAAUCUCAAGUACUACCAAGUGGAUCCAGUACAGGACUAAAAAGGCUAACUGGAGAAGAAAGAGUUUUGAACCGUUCCAAGAGAGGCUGGGUUUGGAAUCAGAUGUUUGUGCUGGAAGAAUUUUCUGGACCUGAACCAAUUCUAGUUGGCCGGUUACACACAGACCUGGAUCCUGGCAGCAGCAAAAUCAAGUACAUCCUGUCAGGAGAUGGAGCUGGAACAAUCUUUGUGAUCAAUGACAAGACUGGAGACAUUCACGCCAUGAAAAGGCUUGACCGUGAGGAAAAAGCCGAAUACACUCUCACGGCUCAAGCAGUCGACAGAGACACAAAUCAACCUCUGGAGCCUCCUUCAGAAUUCAUCAUUAAGGUUCAAGACAUCAAUGACAACCCCCCAGAAUUUGUGGAUGGGCCUUACCAUGCCACAGUUCCAGAAAUGUCUCUUGUAGGCACCUUUGUUACUAAAGUAACAGCUACAGAUGCAGAUGAUCCAGUUUAUGGAAACAGUGCCAAACUGGUUUACAGCAUUCUGGAAGGACAGCCUUACUUUUCCAUUGAGCCACAUACAGCUAUAAUUAAAACAGCCCUUCCCAACAUGGACAGAGAAGCCAAAGAAGAAUACUUUGUGGUCAUCCAAGCAAAGGACAUGGGAGGACAUAUGGGUGGACUCUCUGGAACUACAACAGUGACAAUUACGCUCACUGAUGUCAAUGACAAUCCUCCUAAGUUUGCACAGAGUCUGUAUCACUUCUCAGUAACGGAAGAUGUUGCUCUUGGUGAACCAAUAGGAAGGGUGAGAGCAAAUGACCUGGAUACUGGAGAAAAUGCUAAAUCAUCCUACGAUAUUAUUGAAGGAGAUGGAAUGGAUUUAUUUGAAAUUACCACAGAUGCCCAAACUCAGGACGGCAUUAUUAGAGUGAGAAAGCCACUGGACUUUGAGACCAAAAAAUCCUAUACUCUCAAGGUAGAAGCAGCCAACAUUCAUAUUGAUCCUCGCUUCAUCAGUGGAGGACCAUUCAAGGAUACAGCAACGGUUAAAAUUGUAGUAGAGGAUGCUGAUGAGCCACCAGUCUUUUCAUCACCUACUUACCUACUGGAAGUGCAUGAAAAUGCUGCUAUUAACUCUGUGAUUGGUCAGGUGACUGCCCAUGACCCUGAUGUGUCUUCCAGUCCUAUAAGGUUCUCCAUUGAUCGGCAUACAGACCUUGAGAGGCAGUUCAACAUUAAUGCAGAAGAUGGGAAAAUAACUUUGGCAACACCACUGGACAGAGAAACAAAUAUGUGGCACAACAUAACCAUUGUAGCUACUGAAACCAGGUACGCAGUCGAAAUACCCUCCUCACACUCCACCUGGUUAGCGGGGAAUCACAGUCAGGUGUCCCGGGUGCCUGUCGUUAUCAAAGUUCUUGAUGUAAAUGACAACGCCCCCGAGUUUGCCUCAGAGCAUGAAGCCUUUUUAUGUGAGAAUGGGAAGCCUGGGCAAGUAAUUCAGAUUGUCAGUGCAGUUGACAAAGAUGAUCCUAAAAAUGGGCAUUACUUCCUGUACAGUCUUCUUCCUGAAAUGGUAAACAAUCCAAACUUCACCAUCAAGAAAAAUGAAGAUAACACUCUCAGCAUAUUGGCAAAGCACAGUGGAUUCAGCAGGCAGAAGCAAGAAGUUUACCUACUGCCAAUCAUAAUCAGUGACAGUGGGAAUCCUCCCAUGAGCAGCACCAGCACUCUGACCAUUCGGGUCUGUGGUUGCAGCAGCGAUGGCAUUGUCCAGUCCUGUAAUGUGGAAGCAUACGUCCUCCCCAUCGGACUCAGCAUGGGAGCCCUCAUUGCAAUCUUAGCCUGCAUCAUUUUGCUGCUAGUCAUUGUGGUGCUCUUUGUGACACUGAGACGACACAAGAACGAGCCUCUAAUCAUCAAAGACGAUGAAGAUGUGAGGGAAAAUAUAAUUCGCUAUGAUGAUGAAGGAGGUGGAGAAGAAGACACAGAAGCUUUCGACAUUGCGACUUUGCAAAAUCCCGAUGGAAUUAAUGGAUUUUUGCCUCGUAAGGAUAUUAAGCCUGAUCUGCAGUUUAUGCCCAGGCAGGGUCUUGCACCUGUUCCUAACGGUGUCGAUGUCGAUGAGUUCAUUAAUGUAAGGCUUCACGAAGCCGACAAUGAUCCCACAGCUCCACCGUAUGACUCUAUCCAGAUUUAUGGCUACGAAGGAAGAGGGUCAGCGGCUGGUUCCCUUAGCUCAUUGGAGUCCUCUGCAUCAGACUCAGAUCAGAAUUUUGACUACCUCAGUGAAUGGGGUCCUCGCUUUAAAAGACUUGGAGAACUUUACUCAGUUGGAGAAAGUGACAAAGAAACUUGACAGUGGAUCAGAAACUUUUUCACUGUUGACUUAACGAACAUGUAAUAUUCUAGGGCCACUGCUGUUAGUUAAAACUGAUGUGGCUUUUUGUUUUAGAGGCAAGUUUAGCGCCAGUCAUCUAUAAAAUCGACUACAUUGUAAUGUUGAACCAAAAACAAAAAGUAUAUGUUAGGAGGUUAAGUCUUGUGGAGUGUGAAGUAAAGUAUGUGGAGUGUCUAGAAGUCUUUGGAUAUUUGAUAUUCACUUGACCACUCUGAAGAUGGAGAUUUGGAUCUUUGAUUAUCUUCAGCGAAUUGAAAAGAACAAAAAGAAAUUGGUGCUUUCUUGGAAAAUGGACUUGCAGGGAUUUUGCUGUUGAACAGUAGCUCCUGCCAGUAUGUGUAAAGCUAAUUGUUUGUUUCUGCAUUGCCAACAAAGAUCCUGCCACAGAAAUGUUAAAAGCAAUAUCUCGGUCUUCUUAGCAAUGCUGACUAGAAAUAGCAUUGUAAAUUCCUACUGGCUUCUGCUGUGCAGUGACCAUACAUUGUACAUACAGUAAUUGUUGGCCAUGUAACCACAGACUGAAUAUCAUCUUUAAAUAUUGUGUCAAGCCUUAAAAUAUUCACAUGUUCUUAAUCCAUUCCAGUGAUGGGUAAUAAAUCCUACUAAUGUGCAGAGAUUCCGAGGCAGGGCUGCAAAACCUUGCUUUACCAAAAGGAUCUUUUCUCUAGAAGAAGGAUCAAUCCUGUGCUUCGUCUUCUGAAAGGAAACUGUGAAAGUGGACGGACUUACAUAGGUGAAAGAACUGCUGAUUUUAUUGCUAAAGAGCGAAUUUAUUUGUUUAAUCUUUGAAAUAAAUAUUUUAUUGAUGUCCAUUACUGCUUUUAUUUAUUGAGACAGAUAAGCUCUAGAGUGAGAUUACGAAGGAGACUAAAUUAUAUCCGUUAGAUUUUCCUUUUCUUUCUUUUCUAUAUAUAAUGUAUGUUGAAUACAUGUACAUUUUGAAGACAAAAAUGACAAAAUGUUGGAGGUUCAAGCAGUAACUGAAUUUUAAGAGAAUGCUGGCAGGAAUAAAACUUUCCCAGAGAAAACUUUUGACAGUUUUAUAUCUUCUUCUAUAAAUCUAGUACCUGGUGUUUUUAAUACAAGCACAAACAGCUGGAAGUAAACUGGUUCAUGUGAAUAUUUAAACUAUAGACUUUUAGAAAUCCACACAUAACACAGUACAGUUAAAACAAAACAAAACAUGCUUAUAGUUCUCCACUGUAUUAGAGCAGGAACCAGUGUGUACAUAAUUUUACUGCUUAUGUUAUUAGCAUUUCUUUUCUAUAAUAUUCAUAGUGAUGCACCAGGGCUCUUGCACACAGAGAAAGAACAACACUAGAAGCUGCAAGCAUACUCAAUUUGUAAUGCAAACUUGCCAUUUAGAAGUAGCAAUUGUAUAAUAAAACUGCGUAUUACAUGCAAAUCAUUUUAAUUUUCUACUUUGUUUUGAAGCUAUAUUAUUGUUUGUUUAUUUACUCUGUGUAUUGUAUUCAGAGAAACUCCUGUAUUGUUUCCUACUUUGUGAAAUAUAUUUUUAUAAAUA